GCGAAAGUGAAAAUAGACUUACUAGAUAUUGCUACUUAAAACAGAUAUAUGUAUAGACAAUGACUUGUUCACGCCUAGUAAACGUUAGUCUGUCUAGGUCAUAAGAAUGUUUAGAGGACGCAGACAAAGGGGACGGGGACGAAGACCGAGACUGGAGCGGAAAUAUGGAUUCUUCGGUUGUUCAUCAUGUAAAGGACACUGGGAGAGCGCCCAGGUAUACUGUGUCGAAGGGACAAAGAAGGUAUACUUCAAACAAGAAUGCAAGCGAUGCAACAUGGCAUGCAACCCCUACAGAGUAGAAGACAUAGAAUGUCCCAGGUGUGGAUUACCUGUAGCAGACUGCAAAGAAAACGGUGGUUGUUACGAUGAGGAUGACGUCGACGAGGAGGAGGAGGAAGAGGACGACGACGACUACGACGAACGACACGUAGAUGCGAAGAAGCCACACCGAGCAGACCUGUGUCUAAAGUGUCGUUCUGGCUGGAAGUGUACCUGAGAAGGACAUACCGUAGUUGAAUCUCGUGUCGUUUCUCGAGCCAUGUAUCAUCUUAAAGUUCUCGGAUCCUGCGCCAACAUAGUCAAUGAAGCAAACUAUACAUUAUACACGCACUAUGUUGAGACUCGUGUUUACUUCCACCUCAAUAAUUAUUUGCUGUAUUAAUGAAAAUGUAAAUACCAGUUUAAUACUUA